UCAUUCGCAGUCUCACUCUCACCCACCCAAAAAUGACGAGCAGCUUCCACAGUUUCUACGACACCUGGUUUGGUCAGCUAAAGCACCUGGUGCAGCAACUCUGCUCCGCCCCAAAGCCACCCACCACCCCAGACCACCUUCGCCACUUGGAACAACUCGUCGACAAUCUCCUCUCUCACUACUCCGAGUACUACAGAGUCAAAUCCACAGCUGCUGAACAUGAUGUCUUGGAAAUCUUUGCUGCUCCCUGGGCCUCCUCCCUUGAGCGCUCCCUCCACUGGAUCGGCGGCUGGAGGCCCACCAUCGUGUUCCACUUAGUCUACACUGAGUCCAGCAUCCUCUUUGAGUCCCACAUCAUUGAUAUUCUCCGUGGGCUCAAAACCGGAGAUCUCGGUGACCUUUCUCCCAAUCAGUUCAGGAGAGUGAGCGACUUACAAUGCGAGACCGUGAAAGAAGAGAAUGCCAUAACCGAUGAGUUAUCGGAGUGGCAAAGCAGCGUGAGCGAACUGGUGGGGGCUUCAUGCACGGACGUCAACCAGAUGAUCGGACGGCUGGUGAUCGUCUUGAGGAAGGCGGAUGAGCUGCGACUGAAGACGCUGAGGCGGGUGGUGGAGCUGUUGACGCCGCAGCAGGCAGUGGAGUUCUUGAUUGCAGCGGCUGAGUUGCAGUUCGGGGUUCAUUCCUUGGGAGUCGAUCUGGACCGUCAACGCAACGCAUGACUCUGAUAUUCAUUGGAAAUGGGACGCGUACGGUUGCAGAUUUGUUUUAAUUUUCUUUCAUUUUGUUUUCGGAUUGUUUUUCCAUUUUUCUGUUUUGGUGUUUUCUUUGAUCUUGACAUGUGUUGGAAACAACUCGCAUGCAACAUGCAGAGUGACACGUUUAGAUCCUAUGCACUGUACGUGUCAGUAAGGAGGGCAGGGAAGUCUACAGAGUUUGACUGAAGAAAACAUGAGGGUUCUUAAUGGGGUUAACUAUGUGGGUAGUCCCUGGAUUUUCAAUAAAUGUCAAAUUAGGUACUCUAGCUAGCUCUUGCUUUUGUUGCCCAUAAAACUUACGCAAAUAAAAACCUAUCUAGAGU